GUCCAAGGGCUCGAUCAGUCCGGCUCCAGCUCUGGGCGAAGCUGUCGAGCACAAAAUGCCCCGGGCUUCUCGCGAGGUGCUAAACCUGCUUGACCCAUUCAGUCCUCGCGCUCAACACUCCUCAGCACUCCUCAGCAAGACCUUCUAUCCGAGCAAGCAAGCAUACCCCACAAAAUGGCCGUCCACUUCAGCACCAGGCCGUUGGCCGCCGCCGCAGUUGUGGUCGUCGUGGCUGCCUUUUGCGCCGGUGGCGCGAGUGCGGCGGCCGGCGGGGGCGGGGGCCGGCGCGCGCUGCUGCAGCAGGCGGCGUCACCGGCAGUGCCGCCCGAGUGCAUCCAGGCGGGGCUGGCACUCCAGAACUCGUGCAACAAGGAGCUGGAAGUAGCCAGCAAGGCCUUCGGCCUGGCGCCCAACACCGACGUGUCCAACAUCCAGGUGGACACAGGCAAGCUGCGGCAGUACCUGGAGACGGCGCCGCCGCCCGGCAAGGCCUGCUGCGACGCCACUGUGACCUUCAACAACGCCUACUGCUCCUGCUCGCCCCCCGUGCUGGAGCUGGUCAAGUCCUUCACCAACAACGACGUGGCGCAGUACCGCGAGGUGGCCAAGUAUCUGGAAAAGCGCUGCAAGCCCUUGGGCUCGCCCUUCACCCUGUACAUGGACGCAACGUGCCCGGCCGGCAAGAAGAAGCCAUAGAUAGAUUGCUUGGGCGCCGCGUUGCCUCGCUCGAGGCGGGCGGGCGGGCGGGAGGUAGGGGCGGAGGGGGCAAGAGGGGGGAAGGCGGAGCGCCGUGCCGGCGCGCCAGUAGUAGGUGCGUGUUGUGCACAGGUAGGUGCUAUCUUUGGUGACCCCUGUGGCGGGUCGUGGAGCGAGAUGGUGUGCGCGCAACAUGUGAGGUUGCUCUAAGGUAGUGGGGUGCGCGAUAGAUAGAUGUACGUAGAAUGCUGCACAUGGAGGUUGCGGAGUGAAGGAAACCUGCAUUCGCUGAAGGCGCCCAGUGGGCGGCGGGUGAUGCGGGUAGCAAUACAUGGUGGUGGCGGCUGCGGCGGGGGAUGGAGCGAGGGGGCGGCGGCACUCAGCAUGUGCUCGCGCCGGGUCAGGUGGUGGCAGGUGGUAUGUGCUGGGGACUGCGGGCGGCAGGUGCGUGGGGCCAGAUUCUGCGACCAGCAACAUUGUUGAGACUUGUACACAGGGGUUCCCUGCUGCUUUUAUACGCACGACUUGUCUAUGCAUGCGUUGCAGUCAAGUGUGCCUGGAAGCCGGGGCACUUGCCCCCACGCUCCGGCGUUGGUGGGGCACUGCCCUGUGCCGUGCAUGCUGUAACAACAACGUGGC